CUGCAUUUCUCUGUAGGUCAAAAAUAAAACACAGCGCGCUACACAGUUUUUCUUGUUUGUGAUGUUCGACUUGUGUGCCAGGUAUCGGGUUGGUUAGCAUAAAUUGUCUUAGUAUUCAUGAUGGACCAAGCUUAUAUUUUUAUUCUUUCUAGGGAUCUUCACCAUACUAUCGAGUAUUACAUAUUGUAUGAACAAGGUGAUCAUGGCCCAGCUGUCAAAAGAUGUUAUCCCAGUGAUCUUUCUGAUGUAUUCACUGAACGUAUCAUCGAAUUUGCAUUUUGUUGUGAUGAACGUUUAUCAGUAGAGGAGUUUGUGAUUGUAUUCACAGAUGCCAAGGGCAUAUUGGAAUUCGUUUAUUGUUACCAACCAAACGAAAGAUUUCUGCUUUGCAUUUCAAGGUAGGUGUUUUGACUUUAUUUCUUCAACAAUCAUAGUUCUCAUCACCGUUAUAACUGGAUAUGAUAUUGUGGAUCGAAUUACAUAUUAUUUAUGCUAAUUACUUCAGUUACAUCUUUAUCAUAUUGUACACAUAAGCUGCACGAAUGUUUGAUAAAGGUAUAUCAAAUUGAAGUGACAUGAAAUCAAAAUUAUUGGUAGGCUAUCAUAAGGACCUGUAUCCACUCAAUGGUUCUAACAUAUGCGAGCAUCUCUUUAAUGUUACGAAUGAGUUACACCCAACGUUUCUGUUCUGCUGUUAUUAUUUUCUCGUCUUAGUUCUUUCUAAAACGAAGUCUCAUUAUGAUUAUAUGAAGUGUAUCUACCUUGAAUGGAUGCAUAUUUACACCUAUUUCUUGCUUCCUUUCAUUAGUAUAAUUUUCAUCGUCUACCUCAGUAGCUAACGAUUAAGUUCAGUAAAAGUGUUUGUCAAACUACUUAGAUGAGUUAUUCCUUCUAGUAGACAUGUAAUGGGUAUGCUUUAAAUUCGAAACAGUAUCUUUAGGUAAUUUUAGAUUUUUAUCUUUCUAUGAUGCUUCAAAAUUUAAAGGUUACUCAUGAACUACUCACUCACAGAGUUUGUUCUGCUGAUUUCGUUAUUUAUAAACAAUCUAAAAAUAUCUGUCGGUUUUUAUUGUUACCACUCAUCAACAAAAUGCACUUAUAAUUUCAGAUAUACUUACGUUUGUCAUACUAGAGUCUUUGCUGUCUACUUUUUGUUUGCAUAUAUUACUGCAGAGAGACACCAAACAUUUUAAUGCUGCUCAGUAAUUCGAAUGUAUCUCACUAACUAAUAACAAGUUUAAACACUUUUCCCAAGUCUGAAGUACAACUUGAUUUGUUUCAUAAGAGUAGGUGAAUUAGUGCUGAAAAUGACAGAUCUUGAAAAAAAUUGAAUUCUUAGUUAACCAUUCUACAAGUCGCACUCAUCUGUGAACGAAAAUCAACUAUAUCGUUAUUAGGUUGCGGUUUACAUUUUGUCUAUUAUUUCAAUGUAUAUUUAGGUGUAAAAAAUAUUAUUGUUGUUGGUUCAAUAAUUACUACUUUACUGGCGUAAACAGGAUGUUGAUUAGUUGUUUUUUAAUAAACUACAUUUUGUUUGAUUUAGCAAAUUUCCUUGGUGUGAGUGCUUUCACUCUCUGCUAAGCAUUUUAUGGCAUCAUGGUCUUUAUCGUGAUGUUCACUGGUCCAUUAUGGAGCCAUUCUUCUCUCAUCUAAGUUCUGCUAUUCCACCUCGUUUACCGAUCGAUCGUAUUCAAUGUGCGAAUCCAUUCAACCCGUCUAUGGGUUUUGUGCUCCGAAUUCCAACACCACAAUCCCCACACUAUUUGAACUACGUUAUAGAAUAUUACAAUGCAUUGGAUCUUUCACUGUGGAUACAUAUAUUUGUAAGCUUACUUUUGGAGCGAAGUUUACUAUUCUGUUCAAGACGGUUGACAAAGUUGACAGCGUGUGUCUUAACUUCAGUUUCAUUGUUGUAUCCGAUUCAAUGGGCUCAUUCAUUUUAUCCACUAAUUCCAGACAAAGUACUCGGUGUUUUGGAAUGUCCAGUUCCGUUUGUAGCUGGUAUACAUUCUUGUAAUUUAGAGAAGGCAAAAGAGCAUUUAACCGCUGGAACACGUUUAGUGGAUUUGGACUUGGGUCAAAUUUUUGUGCACAAACCAACCACAAAUGAUUUACAUACUGAACAUAUGGAUAUGGAGUUGGGUACACCAAAAGCAAUAUAUAGUUUUUUACAUCAUCAAUUAAAAGAAAUUCAACGACAAUUAAAUGAGACGAUGAAUUCAAAAAAACCGAAAAAUGGUGAUUGGAAACAAGUUAAUGGUGAAAUACUUAGAUGUUUUGAAAGAUUAACUCAUCCAUUUUUUGAAUUGAUUGUUAAUCUCUUAGGCUGUUAUACAGAAUGUUUAAUUCGACGAGAUGCAAAUCCUGAAGUAGAUUUAAACGCUCUUAUCGCUUGCCAAUCUUGUCCUGGUUUAGAAUCAUUCCUGAAAUCUAUGUUUGAAUCACAAACAAUUCAGUUGUUUUUAGAUCAACGUUCCAGACGACCACCAGAUCAAAAAAUUGACUUAUUUGAAAAUCGUGCGUCUCAAUUACGCGGUCAAGCUAAAAACACAUAUCACUAUAAAGCCACCGUAUCAUUUGGGCCAAUAUUUACAAGUUCAUUAUCAAAUAUUGCAUCAAGUUCUACUAAAUACGAUUUAAAGCUUGGGCGUAAAAAAUAUAAUUUUGGCAGUCCAGAAUGGUUACGUGCUAAAAAGUUGAAAAAUCCUGGUCGUAUUUGUCAAAAAGGAUUACCAGAGUCAACGAAACGUGUUAAAUCUGAAAGUUCUUUUACCUGGAAUAUUUUAUCACGAAAGGCUGAACAAUCACUGGCUUCGUAUAAAAAUAAUAAGUUUGGUUCAAUGGAUAUAAAUCCAAAGCAUACACCAAUAAUGGCACGUAUGCAGGAUACAGAUCAUUCGUCUUAUCGAAAUCGUCCGAAUUCUUGUUUUGCUAAUUCUACGCCUAGUUUUGCAUCUGGGACUCUUCUUAGUAGGAAUCAAUUUUUUAGAGAUUAUCAAAAUAACCAGUUGGAAAUACAAACUGGUGACAGUCGUUCUUCAGAUUCUUCAUUCAAAUCAUCCAGUAGUCCAUCAAAUCAUUUUAAUCUAUCUGAUAUGGAAUCCCAUAAACCAUUAAAACGUGAACCGCCACCACGACCUCCUCCACCUCGUUUUCUUCAUAAUAAUAAUCAUAUUCAGUUGAAAAGUAUACAUCAAAUGAAAUCACAAACUCUUGUUAAUGAAACAAAACAAUCAGUAUCACUGCCAAAAAAUGAUUUCACAAAAUCAUUCGCAAAAUUAAAUCGUAUCAAAAGCGAAAAAGAUGCUGGUGUUAUCUCAUCAGUAUGCGGUGAAACAUGUUCACUAACGCACUCUAGACGCAAAACAUGCCCGUCCACUGAUAGCUUAACUGCAUCUUCUCCACCGUUACCUCCACGUCCGCAUCUUUCAUCUUUGGACUGGGUCAAACGUUCAACUACAUCUCUUCAACAUUUAGACAAAUGUUUAAAUAAAUCAGUGAAUGGUUAUUUGCGUAAUAGUAACAUGAACUUGGAUAAACCAAGAAAUGGAACAUCUUUAUGCCGACCAUUGAAAAUACCUAUAACUACCAAUUCAUCUAGUCAGCGUAGUCGUCAUCAACUCACUGGUAAUAGUAAUGGAAUAAUUGUACCACGUUCUUCUUGUGCUAACGUUCCGCCACCAUUGCCCCCUAAGAAAUUGUCACUGAAGGUUCAACCACCAUUAUUAUUGAACUCCAAUUCUUUAAAAUCUGUUUCAUCUGAAUCCAAUCCUAACUUAUUGAUGACAAAAUCUACAACAACAGACAGUAAACAACUAUCUCUAUGUGAACGCAGAGCUAGACGAUUUCAAAGUUUAAAUGAUAAAAGCCUACAAAUAAAUCCAAUCAAAAUGACUCUUCCAUUAAAACUCACACAAAACAAUAAGAGUGUACAAUCUGGACAAACAGACACCCACAAAAAACAAACAUCUCAUGAGUCGAUAUCACGAAUUAUAGAUGGUCUAUCACUUGAGUAUCAAAAAUCAAAUUGUUCCACACUAUCACAAUCAGUUUCAGAUAUUCACACUCGAUCUGGAUCGUAUUAUUCUAUCGCAGAAACAAAAACGAAUCCUUUAAAUGUACCAAUAAAAAAUUCAAUCUCAGAAUUAUUAUCGGCGAAAGAGUUGUCUUUAGAUGUUCAAAAUACUGACAGUAAUAAUGGCAAUAGUGGUGAACAUAGACUACGUGUUCGAUUAAAAUAUGGGACAACUUCCCACAAAGAAGAAGUAAAUCAACUACUGUGCCAAAUUUAACAUUACAUCGUGCUCAUACUAUGUCUGAUUAUCAGCUUCCACGUAAUAAUUUAUACAGAACAAAAUCAAUGAAUGUACCAACGACUGAUUUUGCACCAAUAGCUUUCAUGGAAUCACAUCCAGUAGAACUAUGUUGAUUAGUAUUUCACAUAGAAGAACAACAAAGACAAAAGGAAUACACAAUAAGAUCUCUGAAUAUUAUUUGUUAGUAUUAGUUUUGAUUAUCGUCAAAAACGUUUUACUCCCACACAAAUUUAGGCUUGCUGAUGAGAAAAUAGACAAAAAGACAACUGAAGAUGGAAACUAUCACAAAUGUUAAGUAAUAUAUUUAUCUUUAUCUAUACUAUUUUAAUAUGUUAUUUGUUGUUGUACACUACUCAUAUAAUUAGUACCGCUGUGAUAUUUUUACAAACCUUAAGGAUAAUAAUGAUGUCACUGUCAAU